AAGAUCUAAUUAUAACCCAACUCAAGCAGUCUAAUUUCCAUUCUCGUAAUCAAAAAUCAUAAUUUGGACUCCAGAAAGAAUUAUUAAGCUCUAUACCAACUCAUACAUCAGUUCUGGAAGACAAUCAUCCGAUAAUAUUGCAUGAGGUGAAGCAGGCAGAUCGAAGCAAAAAUGGCGACAAUUGUUUCACCAAAGCAAUUUUCUCCUGUUGAAGAUGCGGAAAAUAUCAAGAAGGCUUGUCAAGGAUGGGGAACGGAUGAGAAAGCCAUUAUUUCGAUUCUAGGACAUCGAAAUCUAUUUCAAAGAAAGCUUGUUAGACUAGCUUUUGAAGAGAUUUAUAAUGAAGAUCUCCUCCAGCAGCUCAAAUGCGAGCUGUCUGGAGACUUUGAGAAAGCUGUAAGUCUAUGGACUCUGGAUCCUGCUGAACGAGAUGCCCUCUUAGCCAAUGAAGCAUUGCAAAAAACUGUUCCUGAUUAUAGAGUAAUUGUUGAAAUAGCAUGUAUCAGAUCCGCUGAGGAUCUCCUGGCAGUGAAACGUGCUUAUAAAUUUCGCUACAAGCGUUCCCUUGAAGAAGACCUGGCUUCUUCCACCACUGGUGAUAUUCGAAAACUUCUGGUUGCAGUAACAAGUGCUUAUAGGUAUGAUGGUGAUGAGUUUGAUGAGACAAUGGCUCAUUCUGAAGCUAGUAUUCUCCAUGAAGAAAUCCAUGGAAAAACUUUUAACAAUGAGGAAGUGAUCAGAAUCUUGAGUACUAGGAGCAAAGCACAGCUAAAUGCAACCUUCAACAUCUACAAAGACAUCCAUGGUCGUUCCAUCACAAAGGGUUUGUCGGGCGGUCCAAGUGAUGAUUAUUUUCCUGCAUUGCGUACUGUGAUCCGUUGCAUUAGAGACCCUAAAAAGUAUUUUGCAAAGGUGUUGCGAAGUGCCAUUAAUACGCCAGGCACAGAUGAAGAUGCUCUCAGUCGUGUGAUCAUUACUCGCGCAGAGAAGGACUUGAAGGAGAUUCAGGAGCUGUACCUGAAGAGAAACAAUGUUUUUCUUGAAGAUGCAGUUGCUAGAGACUGUUCCGGCGACUACAAGACCUUUCUUCUAGCCUUACUAGGGGCUGACCAAAAAUAAACUCUGGUUUUUAGUUAUCCUUUGGUUUCCACAUUAGAGGUUUCUAUGAUUAAGUUGAUUGUUAUAUAUUAGCAGCAACUUCUAUUAGGCUAAUCAUGCUUGAAAUCUGGUAACUUAGAGACUCGUUUCUUGCGUUGGUUUAUACAGAAACUAAAUAAUGAAAUUCACAAUAAAUAUUGCAAAAUAUCAAAUUUUAAAU